AUGGAAGAAGGCCGUCAUUUUACCCAUCUGAGAUAUGGAACAGAUACCAUCCACAUGGAAGAAGGCUAUCAACAUACCCAUCCAGGAUACAGAACAGAUACAAUCCACAUGGAAGAAGGCCAUCAUCGUAUCCAUCAGGGAUACGGAACAGAUAACAUAUACAUGAAAGAAGGCCAUCAUCGUACCCAUAUUAGAUUUGAGACAGAUAUCAUCUAUAUGGAAGAAGGCCGUCAUCAUACCCAUCCAGGAUACGGAACAAAUACCAUCCACAUGGAAGAAGGCCAUCAUCAUACCCAUCCAGGAUACAGAACAGAUACCAUCCAGAUGGAAGAAGGCCGUCAUUGUACCCAUCUGGGAUACAGAACAGAUACCAUCCACAUGGAAGACUGCAAUCAUCGUACCCAUCCAGGAUAUGGAACAGAUACCAUCCACAUGGAAGAAGGCCAUCAUCGUACAUAUCUGAAAUAUGGGACAGAUACCAUCCAUAUGGAAGAAGGCCGUCAUCGUACCCAUCCAGGAUAUGGAACAGAUACCAUCCACAUGGAAGAAGGCCAUCAUCAUACCUAUCCAGAAUAUGGAACAGAUACCAUCCAGUUGGAAGAAGGCUGUCAAUGUACCCAUUUGGGAAAUGGAACAGAUACCAUCCACAUGGAAAAAGGCUAUCAUCAUAUCCAUCCAUGA